GCUCCAUUUGAGAAACCAACUGGAUCUGCCCAUGCGAAAACUCCAACGAAUACAGAUAACACUUCCUCGAGAAAGAGAGAGAAGGAGAAAAAAAAAAGCCCUAGUCCAUCUCUCUCCUCCGUCCUCACAACAAGAUUCUCUCAGAAUCCCAAACCCCCAAAUCUUCAACAAUUGAAUACCCAAACCAAAAUCCCUCUCUCUCUCUUAAAAUUCCUACUCAAACCCCUCAAUUUCACACAGAUUACCACGACCUUCCAUGAGCUCCAUUUUUCCAGAGCUCUGAUUCAAUGUCUGAGUCCUUCACGCUAGAGAACAACCCCUUGGUCUCGCCGACAAGCUCUCGAUCGGUGACCGAGACCGUGAAUGGGUCGCACAGGUUCGUAAUUCAGGGCUAUUCGUUGGCGAAAGGUAUGGGAAUUGGGAAACACAUCGCGAGCGAUAAUUUCACAGUUGGAGGGUACCAAUGGGCGAUAUAUUUCUACCCAGAUGGGAAGAAUCCGGAGGACAAUUCGACUUACGUGUCGGUUUUCAUUGCGCUGGCGAGCGAGGGCACGGAUGUUAGGGCUUUGUUUGAAUUGACUUUGCUUGAUCAGAGUGGGAAAGGGAAGCACAAGGUUCAUAGCCAUUUCGAUCGCUCGUUGGAGAGUGGACCGUAUACAUUGAAGUAUCGAGGCAGCAUGUGGGGAUAUAAACGUUUUUUCCGAAGAGCGUUGCUUGAAACUUCAGAUUAUCUUAAAGAUGAUUGCUUGAAAAUCAAUUGUACUGUUGGAGUUGUGGUUUCUGCAAUAGACUGUCCAAGGUUGCACUCAAUUCAGGUCCCAGAUUCUGAUAUUGGAGCACAUUUCGGUACACUGCUGGAAAAUAUCGAUGGUUCAGAUGUUAUUUUCAAUGUGGCGGGAGAAAAGUUUAAUGCUCAUAAGUUGGUAUUGGCUGCUCGAUCCCCAGUGUUUCGGUCUGAAUUGAUUGAUGGGUCAGAAGGUGAUACACAGGAGGUUGCAAUUACAGAUAUGGAACCCGAGGUUUUUAAGGCAAUGCUGCACUUUAUAUACAGAGAUGCUCUUGUUGAAGAUGAGUUGGUAGCUUCUAGUUCAUCAUCGACAUCCUCUAUAUCUGAAACAUUAACAGCAAAAUUGUUAGCUGCUGCUGAUAAGUAUGAUUUGGGAAGACUAAGACGCUUGUGUGAAUCGCAUCUGUGCAAGUAUAUAUCCGUAAAUUCUGUAGCAAAAGUGCUAGCUUUGGCCGACCGUUUUCAUGCCACUGAAUUGAAAGCAGUGUGCCUAAGAUUUGCUGCUGAAAACCUUGCAGCUGUUAUGCGGUCUGAUGGGUUCGAGUAUCUUAAAGAAAACUGCCCGUCACUGCAGUCCGAGCUCUUGAAGACUCUGGCAGGUUGUGAAGAUGAUUGCAGUAGUGGAGGUGGAAAGUCGCGAAGCGUUUGGGCCCAACUUUCAGAUGGUGGUGACACCAAUAGCAGGAGGGUGAGGCAGAGGACUUGAUUUUGACAGUCAGUGAUAUCAUUGUUCUUGUAUAAUGAUGGUGAUGGUGCCAAAAAAAGGUACAGAAAAAUGUUAAUAGAAUGAAAACAUAUAUGUUUUUCAGACAUUUUUCUCAUUAAUGUAUGAUGUUGGUAUGGCAAAAACAGACUGACCGUUGUUAAACUUAGUUUUUUUUUUUUACUAGUAUAGACCCUAAGGCUGUGUUUGUUUUCGGGCAAAGUAUACUAGUACUCUUGUUCUGCAGAGAAGUCCCAGUAGUGUUUUUUCUGUGUCAGUGCUGACAAAGUUCAUAGUUGUACAAUUUCUUAAUAGAAAGUGGUUUUACUUGUGUA